UGGAUCCGUCCCAACGGUCGACCUUCUCAAGAUGGCGGCGGUUGGGGCCUCGCCUAAGAUGGCGGCCAUUGGGGCCUCCCCUAAGAUGGCGGCCAGCGGGACCGGCCUCAGGGGGGGUUGUCGGCUCUGUGAGGCCAAGGAGGCGGCCUCGUCUGAGGGGGCGAUGGCCACCAACGCCUGCGGGCCCCCCUCGUUGUCCUUGCUGUGCGGCCGGGCCGUCAGCGCCCACAUGGGCGCCCUGGAGGACGAGGUGUGGGUUCUCCCCGGUCCCAUUUUGCAAGGCAUCUUGCCUCUGCUCAACAUCUACUACCUGGAGAGGAUCGAGGAGACUGCGGCGAAGAAAGGCCUCUCCACCCAGGCCAUCUGGCACCGCCUCUGGGACGACGUGAUGAAGACUCGGCCCACCGGCGCGGAGAGCGUGGCAUGCUGGCGGACCAAGUUCCUGGAGGCCUUCUUCGCCCACGUCCUGCGCGGGACCCUCGACCUGGCCUCGGACCGGCGCCUCCACGACAGGCGUUUCUCCCCGCUGCUGCUGGGCUCCCGCUACGUCACCCAGCUGACCGUGUGCAACAUGCUGCAGGGCGUGGCCGAGCUGGUGGCCCCGUCCAACCGCAGGGUGCUGGACAACCUGGCCGGCUCCCUGCGCACCCUCAAGUUCCGCCACCUGCUCUUCUCCGACCUGGCGGCCCAGCGCGGCCUCCGCCUCCUGCUCCACCGGCUGAUCCACCACGGCGCCGUCGGCCGGGUGGCCAUGUACUCCUGGCCGGUGCCCGAGACCUCCCUCUUCCUGCUCAUCCUGACCGUGAGCGCCGGCUUCUGGCAGCCGGAGCGGGGCCCCGGGGCCCCCGACGUCCCCUGCGGCCUCUGCGAGGCGAGCGCCCGGGCCGCCGCGGAGGGGGGCCCCGGCCCGACCGUCAGACCCGUGCCUCCCGGUGCCUGCCGGUAUUCCCCGGGGAACUCGGACGGGCCCCCCGUCGGCGCCCGGCGGGACGGCGAGGACGGGAGGAACCCGGGCCUGUCCGGCGGCGCCUUCCCGGGCUCCUCCUUGGGCAUCUUCCCGGGUACCUCGGGAGCCUCCUCCGUCGGCACCUCCACCGGCCCGCGGGCGUCCGGUGCCCGCGUUCUCCCGGGGCGGUCCGAGAGCCGAGAAGAACCCCCGCUGCCGGCCGGGAGAGACGCCGUGAGGGGCCCAGCCUCCGCCAGCGGGAGGAGCCCCCCGGCACCCCCCACCCAACCGCCCUCCUGCAAGAGGUCCUCGGCUGUCUCGGCCCUCCUGUCCAAGCCACGCAAGCGCUUCAAGCCGGCCUCCGGGCACGGGUGCCCGAGCCCGCGGGUGGACCCGGAGUCUAACGACCUGUACGACUUUGUCUUCAUCGUCGGCAAGGAGGAGGAGGGGAGGAAAGAAAGGGAGGAAGAGAAGGGGGAGGAGGAAGAAGAAGAGGAGGAGGACUGUGUCCCGCUCGCCCCCGCGAGGGGCAAGGAGGGCCGGCCCGACCGGCCCCCGACCCGGCCGGCGGGGCCCGGCCUGGGGUCCCCGUGCUGUUUCCGCAGCGUGUCCGCCCUGGAGCUGUUCACGGUCCCUCUGUCCACCGAGUCCUCCCUGACGCUGUGCCGCCUGCUGGGCUCCUGGGUGACCCUGGAGACCCUGACCCUCUCUUACAACGGCCUGGGCUCUAACAUCUUCCACCUCCUGGACGGGCUCCGGGCCCUGUCGCGCCGGGCCGACUGUCGGCUCCACACCUUCCACCUGAGCGACCUGUUCUCGCCCCUUCCGGUCCUGGAGCUGGUGAGCUGCAUCUUGCGGGUCCUCCCGCGGCUCCGCGCCCUCUCCGUCCGCGUCGACCACCCCAGCCAGUGGGACGGCCCCAGGGAGGAGGAGGAGGAGGACCCCGGCGUCCCGGCCCGGAAGGCGGAGACCCCAGAGAACUCCUUGCAGCAGCUGGAAGUGGGGUUUCCGCGGGGGAGGCUGCAGGGCCCGCUCCUGCGCUCCGUGUUCAGAGUCUCCCGCUCCCUGCAGCGGCUCUCGCUCGACAGCGCCGUCUUCCAGUCGACUCAGGAGUUCCGGCUCACCCUGCAGACCCUCCGAGAGUGGAACCCCAGGCUGAAGUCACUGAGCCUUCAUGACAUGAACCUGUCCGACUGCCAGAAGGAAGUGCUCUUCCUGCUGCAGAAUCCGGCCCUGCAAGAAGUCACGUUUGCUUUCUGCCGACUUCUGGAGAAGCACGCCAGCCAGUUUCUGCAAGAGUUCGUGGCCGUGCUGAAGGCCAACUCCACGCUCAAGGGGCUCCGGUUGCCAGGGAACAGGCUCGGUAACUCCGGCCUCCUCGCCCUGGCCGACGUCUUCAACGAAGACUCUCGUUCGACCCUCUGCCAACUGGACAUCAGCUCUAACUGCAUCAAGCCGGACGCACUCCUGAGCUUUGCCAAGAGGCUGGAGGCCAGCAGCUCACGGCGGGGAGGCCAGCCCAUCUUAAGCUACCUCUGCCUCUUCCAGAACUGGUUGGACCAGGACCCGGCCCUGGCCCAGGAGGCCACGCGCCGGCUCCGGGCCACCUGCGUGGCCAUCGGCGACGUGUGGACCACCACCCGGGCCUUCACCGAGUACAUCGGGGCCACGUGAGCGCCGCCCCGGGCCACGGGGCUUGUCCCGCCUCAUAAAAGCGGCCCACGUUUCUCAGGC